AUGGAGGCAUCCCCUGAGUGCACACAGGACGGGGGGCUGGUGCUGGUCCGCCGACAGCCCCCAGCCCCCCGGAGCCUGUGCGAGAUGCUCAAGGGCCAGCUGAGGCAGAGCUGCGCGUGCCACAGGAGGCAGGCCUGGGUGCUGCUGAAGGACCUGGUACCCGUCAUACGCUGGCUGCCCCAGUACCGCCCGCAGGAGGACCUGGCAGGCGACGUCAUGUCCGGGCUGGUCAUUGGCAUCAUCCUGGUGCCGCAGGCCAUUGCCUACUCGCUGCUGGCCGGGCUCCAGCCCCUCUACAGCCUCUACACGUCCUUCUUUGCCAACCUCAUCUACUUCCUCCUGGGUACCUCCCGCCACGUGUCUGUGGGCAUCUUCAGCCUGCUGUGUCUCAUGGUGGGCCAGGUAGUGGACCGCGAGCUCCAGCUGGCCGGCUUCGACCCUGCCCAGGAUGGCCUGCGGCCAGGGGCCAAUGGCAGUGCCCUCAACACCUCAGCCUCCGUGCUUGGGCUGCAGGACUGUGGACGAGACUGCUACGCAAUCCGUGUGGCUACCGCCCUCACGUUGGUGGCUGGGCUCUACCAGGUCCUUAUGGGCGUCUUCAGGCUGGGCUUCCUGUCCACCUACCUCUCACCGCCACUGCUCGACGGCUUCGCCAUGGGGGCCUCAGUGACUAUCCUGACCUCGCAGCUCAAGCACCUGCUGGGCGUGCGGGUCCCGCGGCACCAGGGGCCCGGGAUGGUGCUAAGCACGUGGCUGAGUCUCCUGCGGAGUGCCGGCCAGGCCAACGUGUGUGACGUGGUCACCAGCGCCGUGUGCCUCAUCAUCCUGCUGGCUGCCAGGGAGCUCUCGGACCGCUACCGGCACUGCCUGAAGGUGCCACUGCCCACGGAGCUGGUGGUCAUCGUGGUGGCCACGCUCGCGUCCCACUUCGGGCGGUUCCACGAACGGUUUGGCUCCAGCGUGGCCGGCGACAUCCCCACUGGCUUCCUGGCCCCGCAGGUGCCUGACCCCGGACUGAUGUGGCGUGUGGCACUGGAUGCUGUCCCCCUGGCUCUCGUGGGCGCCGCCUUCUCCAUCUCGCUGGCGGAGAUGUUUGCCCGCAGCCACGGCUACACCGUCCGUGCCAACCAGGAGCUGCUGGCCGUGGGCUGCUGCAACGUGGUGCCCGCCUUCUUCCACUGCUUCGCCACCAGCGCCGCCCUGGCCAAAAGCCUGGUGAAGACAGCCACGGGCUGCCGCACACAGCUGUCCAGUGUGGUCAGUGCCGCCGUGGUGCUGCUGGUGCUGCUGGCCCUGGCGCCCCUGUUCCGGGACCUGCAGAGGUGCGUGCUGGCCUGCGUCAUCAUUGUCAGCCUGCGAGGGGCCCUGCGCAAGGCGGGCGAGCUCCCGCGGCUCUGGCGGCUCAGCCCGGCCGACGCACUGGUCUGGGUGGCCGCUGCGGCCACCUGUGUGCUGGUCAGCACCGAGGCCGGGCUGCUGGCCGGCGUGCUGCUCUCGCUGUUCACCCUGGCGGGCCGCACUCAGCGCCCACACGCUGCCCUCCUGGCCCGCGUCAGUGGCUCUGCCUUCUAUGAGGACACCACGGAGUUCGAGGGCCUCGUCCCCGAGCCGGGGGUGCAGAUCUUCCGUUUUGCGGGGCCUCUCUACUACGCCAACAAGGACUUCUUCCUGCGGUCACUCUACAGCCUCACGGGGCUGGACGCAGGGCAAAUGGCUGCCAGGAGGCGGGGGCUGGCGGCGGGGGCCGGCCAGGGGAAGAGCGGCAUCAAGGACCUGGGCUCAGCGGGUUUGAUGUCCUCACUGGUGCCUUCAGUGGCCGGCUUCCACACAGUGGUCAUCGAUUGUGCCAAACUGCUAUUCCUGGAUGUGGCUGGCCUGGCCGCACUGCAGGGCCUGCGCCAAGACUAUGAGGCCCUGGGCAUCACCAUGCUCCUUGCCGGCUGCAGCCCCUUGGUGAGGAAUGUGCUGAGGCAAGGUGGCUUCCUUGGGGAGGAUGACGGGGACGCAACCGAGGGGGAGCAGUUAUUCCUCAGCGUGCAUACCGCUGUGCAGGCGGCCCAAGCCCGCCACAGGGAGCUGAUGGCUGCCGACUCCACCCUCUAG